AUCACUCCUAGUAACUUACGAAUGCUUGUGCGAGUGGUACACGUUUAGCGCUUGGUCCAGACUCUCACAAGCUAUACGAAUACAGUGACGGUUUUGUGAGAUGUUUUCAAGUGGUACUGUACUUCUGUUAAACCAGUGCUAUUUGCAGCAAGUUUUGCGGCUGCCGUGCGUCUGUGAGGAAUGAUACUUGAGGCCAAAGAGAAGGAAAAAUGGUAGCAUAACUCUUGUCAGACUGCAUUACAAAAAUAAAUUCAGAAUAUAAUUACGUGUAAUUCAAUGAGUAUAUGAACAAAACUUCUCAGCAGGCUCAAAAGAUCUGCAUUAAUGACUGAACGAAGCCAACGGGGUCCUUAGCCUACGCGUCAAGGAGAAAACAAACAAGAUGGGAAACAGGUUCUCUAGGAAAAAAAAAUUGCCAGACACCGCCGAACUAGAAGGGGCGCCGCAGGAAGAAGCUCCUCGCCCUCAGAGAACCGCCUACCACGACCCCAACGUGUGUUCGAUUGUUCUGGCGAUGUACACUUUCCACAGACGAGACGAAUCGGAACUCUCCUUCAGUAAGGGAGAUAGAAUGGAGAUAAUCGAUAACCAGGACCGGGACUGGUGGCUCGGAACCAAUCUUAGAACGGGCGAGACAGGCUACAUCCCUGUUCCUUACGUCGCUCUCGCCUCUUCCCUCGAAAGUCAGGACUGGUACUUCGGAAAAAUCUCGCGGCUGGAAGCGGAGCAGCUGCUGCUCAGUAAAUACAACGACACCGGCGCCUACAUGAUAAGGGCCUCGGAAUCCGGCCACGGACACACCAUCAGCAUCAGGGCCUUCAACUGGGCGAUGAACCGGCCGGAGGUGAAGCACUACCGCGUCUACGGCUCCGUCUCGGAAGGCUUCUAUAUCUCCAAGACGAAGUCCUUCUCCACCCUCAACGACCUCAUCGAGGACUACAUGCACGACAACGGCACCGAACUAUCCAUGCUCCUGAAGACGCCCUGUGUGCGGUUCGAGCCGGAGCUGUCGGACAUCUCCCGGGAGUGCGUGAACAACUGGGAGGUCCCGCGGGAGGUCCUGGUGUGGAAGCGGAAGAUCGGCCAGGGGUCCUACGGCGAAGUGUGGCUGUGCUCUUGGAACCAGACCGUGGACGUGGCUGUGAAGACCAUGAAGAAAGGCUCGAUGCUGGCCCAGGAAUUCCUCGAGGAAGCCAAGAUCAUGAAGGGCCUGCGACACAAAAACAUCCUGACCCUGUACGCCGUGUGCACGCUGGAGGAGCCCAUCCUGAUCAUCACCGAGUACAUGACCCAGGGGUCCCUCCUCGACUUCCUCCGCGAUGAGAACAGCAGGUUGAGAGAGAUUAAUGACCUCAUUUACAUCUCUUGUCAGGUUGCUGAUGCCAUGGCGUAUCUAGAGUCGCUGCAGCUAAUCCAUCGUGAUCUGGCUGCGAGAAACGUCUUAGUGAAGGACGGACUCCACUGUAAAGUUUCGGAUUUCGGACUGGCGAGAAUCAUAGACGGGGAAUAUAACCCGACCAGCAAUUUGAAAUUUCCGGUGAAGUGGACCGCUCCCGAAGCCUUCCUGAAGGAUACUUUCACCAUCAAAUCCGACGUGUGGUCCUUCGGCAUUCUUUUGACCGAAAUAUUUUCCUGGGGCGGCGUGCCUUAUCCUGGCUUAUCAAAACAUGAUGUAAUGACAAGCAUUCAGCAGGGAUAUCGAAUGAGCAAACCAGAAUUCUGUCCCGACGAAAUCUACGAACUUAUGUACACGUGUUGGAAUAUCACACCAGAGGGCAGGCCGACGUUUAGCUACAUCUUUAACUUCCUCCAGAAUUUCGAUGUACAGAGAGUGCGUGGAUAUGCGGAGGCCCAUGCGCUGUACUGAGAAAAUGCAUCACCUUCCUCUCGAAUCCUCCAGGGAACACUAUUUUCAGAACGUAUCGUUCGCGUGCCAUUUUGGAAGAUGUUACGGGGCAAUCUCUUUGAGAUAUUUCCAUUUUCUAAUUCUUGGCGUUUAAUAUAAUGUGCAAGUGAUGUUCGUGGAUGCAAUAAUAGCUUUAUAUAUACUGUACACGAUUAUUAAUGAUUAUUUCAUGUUCAUACCAAGAAUAUCUUAAUAUCUGGCUAAAUUACCCAUAAUUCUCAUUGCUUUAAUUGCCUGCAUAAUGUUAAGAUGAAUAAAAAAAAACAGGAAGGCUAUCUUCGAAAAGAGGUUAACUGGCGUAAGUCAUCUUCUCUGUGGUAUUCAAGCUUGUUGCAAUCAUCAUUAUCAAUAUGAAACCAACGUAUUGACUGGGUUGUUCAUGUCAGCCAAACGUCAUUUGCAAUUGAAGAAGAGGUUGCAGUAGAAUAAUUUCACCCUAAAAUUUUAUAGGAAGGCAUAAUAAUUGACAUUAAAAAUGUAGUUGAUAAAUCGGUAAGAAAUACAAGUAAAUUAUAUGUAUUUUUGCUUACUCUCAUUCCCUCAUUCUGCCCGACUUGGAUGGAUUGGAGCAUGGGGUCAGGUACAAAUUCAGAUCAGAACAUUAAAACGUAACCCUAAAAAUACAUGUAUGGAAAAUUAUUUUUCACAUACAAAUGAUUUGGAUACUUUUACCGCUUUUUCCUAGCUAAAUAUGUGCAUUUCCUUGUAAAAAGGGACUUGCUCGUUAGUAUUACUGUCCUCUGUUACAAAAAAAAGCUGUGUUUAGUGAGGAAAAGCUGUGAUAAGUGAGAAAGAAAUUAGGAUUUUUGUUGCCUACUAAAUGUUUAGGUAACAAAUUGACCACGAGGAGACUUUAGCUUCCCCGUCUACUCUUUAGAUGGGUGUAAAUCCGAAUAAGAGAAUGUUCCCCCUUUGCAAACAAGUAAUUACUUUUCUCGCAGACUACCAGCCAGCCCCAACAGCCAUCGAACAGUAGUUGAAUUUUCCUUUGCUCGUUACCAUGUGUGUGAGUGUAACUAUGUGUGUAUGAAGUGUGUACAGUGCAUCUCGUGUGUUGGUAUAAAAAGCAUUAUGAAAAUAAUUCAUUACUCUGAACUUUAUAUGCCAUUUCUCAUUUCAUUACAUGUGAUGACGUUUACUAGAAUUUCAUACCCUUUUAGCCCCCCCACCCCCUCCCCCGCCUACUCACCAAACCCACUAUCCAACAGUAUAUAUUUGGCUAUUUAUUUGUAAAUUACAGUUAUCUCAUCAUCAUAUCUAUACAUAGUUACUGUAAUGGCAUUCAUGUGAAUAAAAACAAAAUUCCAAACUUCCUUCUUUCCCUCUCGUACCCUUAUUCGCACUCUCUUCCUGUCCCAUCGCUUUUUCCCUUCUCUCUACUUCCACGGUAUUUUCUCCCUCUUCUACUCGUCUUCCUUGCUUGUACUACCUCUUCUACUCGUCUUCCUAGCUUGUUCUAUCCUUUUAUCUCUAUCCCUAUAUUAUCCUGCCUGCAACCUUUCCCUAUCCUGCCUUGUAUCCUGCCGCAUUUCCCCUCGUACUCCUCUUAUUCGCACCCUCUUCUUGUUCCUUCGCUUUUUAACUUCCUUCUACUUUUACGCUGAUCCCCUCCUAUUUUCCAUUCUCUUUUCCCGCUUUCUCUACCUUCUCCCUUUAACCCUAUCCCUACCUGCUCCCAUCCUAUCCUAUUCCUAUCCUACACAGCAUCCUACCGUAAUCCACAGGGCGGACCACUUCCCUCUGCUAGCCUCAUUUUAUGUUUUUUUUUGUUUUGUGCUGGCUCUUUUUUACAUGUAUUUUACGCUUAUUUACACCUUUUGUACCUAUUUUGAAUAAAACUACCACAGACCUCUUUCGUUAUCUACAUAUUCUACAAUGAUUCUCAAGAUGUGCGGAUAACUGAACAUCCGCAUCUGCUGCGAAUGCAUCUUUCUUUUACCUUUUUUAUUUCUUGUAUGAGCUCAGUUUUAUUUAUUUAUUCAUUCUUUUACUUAUUCAUCCUUUAAAUCCCUCGUUUACAGUGAGAGAAAGUAAUGUAUUUUACGAUUUUUAUUAAUGAAUCGCAGUAUUUUUUUUAUCAUAAUUAUAUAUUUUUUAUUGAUUUAUUUUAACCUUUUAUUGCUUUUGUUAUUGCUUUUGUCUUUUGUAUAUUCGUUUUUAUUAAAACAUUUCCUAUUUAUUGUUUUACUUUAUUUAUGUGCUACAUUUUACCAAGUAAAACGAAGUGGAUACUCUGUGUUGACUUUACCCUUUGGAUUUACCUUUCUGGGUUUACACCGUGGAUGCUGGAACAAGGAUUUACUGCCCCUUUUUACUUGCCUAGGUGUAUCUAUGCUGGACGUGUUUUAUAGUUUUUACAUUACGUUUUACUGUGAACCAUGUGUGCUUUGACUUUAACGUUUCACUUAUCCUGAAUUUUACUUACUUUUAUCUUGUGCUUUUACUCGUUUCUUUUAUUCAGGCUCGACCCUUUUACUCGUCUUUUUACUUCAGCUUUUCUUUUUAAGACUUUUCUGGAUUUUUUUACGAUCUUUUACUUUCUCAUCGUUUCACCUUUUACUUGUUCUAGUUUAGACGUUAGUUUUCUUACUGCUUUAAAGUCCUUCUGGCGUAUUUUAAGUAAUUCUUAAGCCCUUCUGGCAAUUGUUUCUUUUUUCGUACUGACCAGUUUUACUUUGGGUCCUUCUGCACGGUUCUUUCUGUUCAUUUUAGGAUUUUGUAUUUUAUCUCUCAUGUAUCUUCGUAUUGGUCACGCUCUUGGUAGGCCUGCAUCUCCGGGGAUAGUUGGCUUGUGAGGUCGUGUGGAUUCUGGGCCUUCAGCUUGGUCCCCUCACCUCCUUUUACGAGGAACGAACGGGGCCCUCAUUUUUCUUGGUCCCUAAGCCUGAAGUCUCCCGUCUCACGGGUGGCCUCAUUUGGGUUCCUCUUUCACAUAACUUUACAGGGCAAGCUCGUGUUCAAUGGGUGCCACAUAAUAACUAUGGUAAUAUAUGUAUGUAUGUAUGUAUGUAUGUAUGUAUGUAUGUAUGUAUAUAUAUAUAUAUACGCAUACAUAUAUGUCUAUAUAUAUACACAUACAUGUUUAUAUACACACACUUAUAUAUGAACUGAUAUCGGGUUGAAAGGUAUGAUAGAAUGGAAGGCAGUGUACAAGAUCAAACUGAUGAAAAAAGUAUGAAGAACCUUGGCAUUGGGCGCCACGUUGCAGCCCUAGGCACUACGAUUAGCUUUCUACCCAGUCUGAGGCGAGACUAAUAUAGUCAUUGAAGCAGGUAAGGGUAGCGCGUACAAGGUGGUAAAUCACUACUGUUUUUAUCGGCACGUGAAUAACAGAAUGAGAGUAUUUUGCAGGAAUUGUAAAAUUAUCGCGAUGUGUUUCGUUUUCAUUUAAAUUUCAACAGAUAAUAUAAUUUUUGAAUUUCAUAAUCAACAUAUAUAUAUACGGGUGUAUUCACACGAAGUAACCUACGAACCAACCGGGAAUGAUCACGAUCUAUAGCUAAAAUUCUACAGGGAAGAUGCCUAUAAACCCAAACCCCGUGAAAGCAUUGAACUUGAUGUUUUUCUCGUCUACGUACGUAAAACAAAUUUAACUCUACAGGAUUAACUUUUUGUAAUAACCUUUUUUUUUUUUUAUAAUGGAUACGUUUUUUAUAAUGGAGAUAUGUGUCGAGUUUUCUGUCAAUACCAGCUUUUUGUAAUAAGUAUGAUUUAAUUUCAAUAACCUCAAGUGCUAGGAAGGCAAAGUUAUUGCGCAAUUUAUAGUCGUUAGUGGGCGUCAUUUCACCUACCUGGUUUGUAUCUUUAAAAAUCACUGGAAGGCAGAGCUGUACUUAAUUUUUGUGACGAUGCUCUAUGUAAAUUAUUGUACACAUUACACAUUUUGAAAUAAAGCAAUCAUCUUUUGUA